AGUUUCAAGGGAACGAUUCACUCCGGAACCGAUCACUCCUAUUCUCGGGAGUCUAGUACCGCCAGCAAGCGCAACUUCAACCGCCGUCUUCUUCAAACGAACUCCAUUCUCAGAAACACCGCCGGCCAAAUUUUUGACAUCCACCGGUUCCCAUUUCUCUCUCCGAUGACGACCUACCGUCUCAGAACCUUCAUGCGCAACACCGCGCCGUUCCCGCUCCGCCGUCUCUCCCCUCCCUCCCCGCCGCCCCCCGCCGCCGGCCCCGCGCCGCGGGAGGGCGAUCCCGGCGCCUCCGGGAGCGCCGUGUACCGGCACGCCCUCCGGUUCCAGAGGCCGACCACCGUCCGGUGGCACGAGCAGGUAGCGAACUCCGCGAGCUUCAUCGGAUCGGUCCUCUUCCCGCUGCGGCGGGUCUCGGCGGGCGACGGCCGGUUCGGCGUCUCGACGCUGCUCCGCGUCCACACGCCUCGCGAUUCGGGGCGCGGGUUUAGGAUAUCGCUGAAGAUGUGGGACGAGAUGGCUGAGAUAUCGUGGAAGCAUUUGAGGCCGGAGGAUUUCGUGUAUGUUUCAGGUCAAUUAGGGAGCUACGAGAAGGCUUCUGAGGGUGGACAGAUCAGAACUUAUUACGAGAACAGGGAGGGACAAAAAAAGAGCAUUCUUUCGAGUUCUAACUUCACUGGCGGAAUGGUAAUUGUCAAAGAGUUAAACUAUGUCGCUCAAACUUGUAAAGACCAAUGUUUACCCACAUCUGCAGAAUCGAAAUCAGGAGCUUUAUCUGAGAAGCGUAAAGAUCGCCUGCAGUUGUGGCAAAUCUUUUUUGCCAAUCCAUAUGAAUGGUGGGAUAACAGAACAAGCAAGGUGAACCCAAGGCAACCUGAUUUUAAGCACAGGGAUACGGGUGAAUCCCUUUGGCUUUGUUCAGAUGAUCCUCCAUGGAUUCAAAGACAACUGGAGUUGCUCGAUUCACGAAUGGGAGGAAAAGGACUACCAGGGAAUCAUUUUCCCCGCCGUAUCUCUUCAUGGGUGUAUGAUGAAUAGGGAUUCUUUUGUUGGCCAAGCCGAAGUGUUAAUGGGGACUCGAGAGGUUUUCCACUAUUCAACUGAGCGGAUAAUGUCCCCUAGAAAUUCUCCUGCGGCACUGAAGCAAGGCCUGUCCUUGGAAACAAUGUUGUACGAGCGGCAAAUUGCCAUUCCCUUAUGGAAGGAGGACGCAAGUAUUUUCUCCUGAAAGUUGAAUUAUGAUUCGGCGUCUCGUUAUUUCUUGUGGACAUAACUGGAUUGGACUGGUCAGAUGAUAUUUUCUGGAAGAUGUAUCUGGAAGCACUGAAGGUGUCUGUUAUGGAGCUCAUGAUGGUAGUCAGGGAAGUAGCGAAGAAACUCAAAGACGAGUGGUGAUAAUCUCCGCGUUUCUCUGAUUCCUCCAAUUUUGAUUUUCCAAAGCUUCAAUAUAUAGUUUUCUGUGUUGUAAUUCUUUUGUAGUGCCUGUGAUGUCUAUGACUGUAAUUUACUACCUCUACAUAGAAAAUUAAUUUUCGCUAGUCAUGCAUGAAAUUUGGUCA